CAAUCGUUUAUGUACAGAGUACCAGAGGUUUGGAUGUUUGAUUCUGACUGCUAUUUUUUCUGAUGUUGAACAUCAACGUAGGAAUUGUCGGUCAUGUCGAUUCCGGCAAAACUACCUUGGCCAAAGCGUUGAGCGGCGUUGCAAGUACUGCCGCAUUCGACAAGAACCCCCAGUCACAGCAGCGCGGGAUUACACUCGAUCUGGGAUUUAGUGGAUUACAGGUGAACUUACCGGAUCAUCUUCGUUCGCAAUUGGUGACUCAUGACAAGCUGCAGUAUACUUUCGUAGACUGUCCAGGCCAUGCCAGUUUGAUACGAACCAUCAUUGGUGGAGCUCAAAUUGUUGACAUGAUCAUCCUGGUCGUAGAUAUUGCUAAAGGAAUACAGACGCAAACGGCAGAAUGUUUGGUCAUCGGGGAACUAACCUGUAGGAAAAUGAUAGUAACGUUGAAUAAAAUUGACGCACUCGAUCAAAUUAAACAACCGAAGUUUAUUGAAAAGGCCAAAAAAGGGUUGACGAUGGCUUUGGCCGGAACGGUUUUUGCUGGUUCACCGGUGGUAGAAGUUUCUGCUUUGGCAGGAUUGCAUAUGGACAAACUGGUGGACGCUCUUCAACAGCAUACUUCCAUCCCAGAGAGGUACGUGGAGGCACCGUUUUUAUUUGCAGUAGAUCAUUGUUUCAGCAUCAAAGGUCAUGGAACAGUUUGCACAGGAACUGUUCUUCAGGGCCAGGUGACUUUGAACGAAGAUAUAGAAAUACCGAAAAUCAGACAGGUUAAAAAGGUGAAAUCGAUUCAGAUGUUCAAACAAAGUCAACAGGUAGCUAAACAGGGAGAUCGCGUAGGCUUAUGCAUUACACAGUUCGAUCCGAAGUUACUCGAGCGAGGUCUCCUGUCGAAGCCAGGCAUUGUGAAAGAUGUCCAUGCAGUGAUAAUGAGAUUAUAUCCAAUAAAAUAUUUUAAAAGCAUGAUUCGAUCGGGUUCAAAGUAUCAUGUUACAUGUGGAUACGAAACAACGAUGGCCCGAAUUCUUUUGUUUAAAAGCACACUAGAAAGCUUUGAUAUAAACUCGCCUUACGAGUACGCAGAAGAACUGGAUCCAAAUUCUAAGGACGAACAUAACGUUGCUAGUUAUGUCCUACUGGAAUUCGAGAAGCCGAUCCAAGCUGUACCUUCAUCUCUCGUUAUUGGAUCUAAACUGGACACCGAUAUCCACUCAAAUAUGUGCCGCAUAGCUUUCCAUGGUCAUUUAGAUUAUGGAGUUACGGAUAAAAACUACCGCACUAGUUUUCUGCCAAGCAUGAAAGUUUUCAAAGAAAAGCAUAAAACCGGCUCAAUACAACGAGUGGUGAACGAGUCAGAACUGAUCGCCACCUCUCUCUUCAAGAAGGACGGCAACAACCGGCAGGCAUUUAUAGGGUUGGACGUACGACUUAGCACUGGUGAACGUGGCAUCAUAGCGGACACAUUUGGAACAACUUCCAAAGUAAAACUGCGGUUCCAGGAGCCACUUUCAAAAGAAACACUCGAACAACUGAAACAGAAAGUUUCCGCAGUUCAGGUGGAAGUGAAAUUUAAGAAGUUUAUUUUCAGUACCAAAGCCGGUAAUAAAGUUGUUCAAUAGUAGCUAUUGUA